ACUUUACUCUCCUUUCACAAACACUGUUUCUAUACUCUUUUUGUAUUUUGAAGAAUUCUGAAGAAAUAGCUAUGUCUUUCUUCAACUUGAACUUGUCUUUAAUGAUUGUGGCUUUAUUAUUAUUGAGCACUGCAAUGGCUCAAUCUCCAACCAAAUCACAGCCACCAAGGAAAGCAAUAUCUCCGUCACCUGCUGCCGUUACUCAAUCACCGGCGUCUUCUCCAACUCCCGGAAGUUCUCCUCCCGAACCAUCUCUUUCUGCUCCGGCGAUCUCUCCUUCCUCCAUCUCCUCUCCACCAUCCGAAGCACCAGGACCUGCUUCCAAUGCUGUCGUUUUGAACAGAAUGUCAGUAGCUGCUGGAUCUGCACUUAUGAUUCUCGUAGCUGUUUUGAUCUUGUAGAGAUAUUAGUUUUGCUUUGAAGUUUUUUUAUAGUUUUUUUUAUAAUUCAAUUCAUUGAUUUGAUUUUUUUUUGUUACAGAUAUUCUUACUUAUAGCAAUAGAAGAUCGAGUCAAAUUUAUUUUA